CCUUUUCCUGUGCAACAGUAAGAUAUACCCAACAUCAUCAUCACCAUCAUCAUCAUCUCCUCAAGGCCGUGGUUUAAUGUGGUUUACUGCUAAAUAAAGGGUUUAUUUAUUCUAGUUUAGUUUAGGCUAUGUGAUAAACAAGUGAGUUGAGCGUUUUUUUCUUGAUAUAUUUUGAUUUAAUAAGGAAAACACAACGUAGGCUAGUCGGAGCAAUUUUCGUUGUGCCAAUGCCAGGCUUUCCAUUGGUUCCUGUUUACAUGAUGCCCACAGGAGACGUGGUGAUUGGUGGCGGUUUACACGUGACCAGACAACUUUGUACAUUUGACAGAGAGUAGGAGGGUUUGGUGGAGAUCAGAAAAACGACAGCACGAUAAAAAUUAGUAUUGUUGCACUUCACAAAUUAAUGAUCAUGAGUUCGUAUUUGAUAAACUCGAACUAUAUCGAACCUUCCUUUCCUCCAUGCGACGAAUAUCAACAGAACGGAUACAUCCCCGCCCCUACUGAGUACUACGAACGGCCAAAAGAUUCGGGCUUUCCCCAUCAUGACGAGGCGUCGUAUCCGAGGUCAAACUACACAGAACCGAGCUACGACUACGGUAAUGUCCCCAGUAAUGGACUCGACGAUUUUACCGACAGGCAUCAGGCACAACCUCAGCCCAUUGCCCAGAACCAUGGCCCUCGUCUCAACCCAGUCCCAGACAGCGGUGUGGUGGAGGACGUCAGCAAAGACUGCAGUCUCGCUUCUGAGUCGUAUCCCGGUGGUCAGAAGGGCAAGGAACCGCCGGUGGUCUACCCCUGGAUGAAGAAGGUCCAUGUUGUCAAUGCUAGUUACAGUGGAGGAGUGCCCAAGAGGUCCCGCACUGCCUAUACCCGCCAGCAGGCUCUUGAGCUGGAGAAAGAAUUCCACUUCAACCGCUACCUGACCCGACGCAGGCGCGUGGAGAUCGCGCACACGAUGUGCCUUUCCGAACGUCAGGUGAAGAUAUGGUUCCAGAACAGAAGGAUGAAGUGGAAGAAAGAUCAUAAGCUUCCGAACACCAAGAUCCGCUCUGCGAGCUCAUCCUCGGGAGCCCAGCAGCAGCAGCAAAUCAAAACUGGCACGCACCAGCAGCUCGUUCCCACGCCUUGCGCCGCGACCCUAUAGUGAUGGAACCCUCGCGCCAAACCAACAGACUGAGAAUGGCAAACAGAACACAGAAACGGAAUUUUGUGGACCGAUUCUCGAGUAUGUCCCCUAUGGUAUUACCCCCUUCUUGGCUUUUGGGCCUGUCACCUCCUUUCAAUACCCUUUCCCCUCUCAACCUCAACCUCCUCUCUCCGUUUUUUCGCUCUCUCCUAAUUUUUUAGCUCGAAAUCCGCCACUUGCUGCCCAUGAUGGCAACUGAAAUGUAUUUGUUUAUUAAGACAGAAGGAUAAUUCACACUCGAAUGUAUCACAAGACUUUGGAUUAUAUGUAUCAUUGCAUAGAAUGAAAAUAAAAGAGAAUGAGACGAGAGAUAAGUGAGGCCUCAUUUUUACUUUUGUUCUAUGCAAUAAUUUUGUUUAUUCUCAUGGAAAUAUAUACUUGAAAGGAAAACGAUGUUUUAGGAAAGCUCGGGGUGCCCGUCUGAGACCUCUCAGCAGGUUAAGAAUGAGACAGUGUCAGAGUUAGGGUUUAGCUCGUGAUGUGUGAGUGAGUUGGUUUACUGUUGAAUGUAUUAUUAAGUCGUGUAAUGUCCAGGUGACUUUCACCCCUAAUGAGUAUAGACAAAUCAUAGCAAAGGCACAAUACUGAAUCCAUUUUGUAGGCUAAAAAAAGGCAACCUCUGUUUGUUUGUUCGUGUAGCCGUGUAGUUUGUCCAUAUUUUGUGGUGUGCUCUAAACUGUGAAUAUUUGUAUAUGUUGUCUGAUUAAUGGACGUUGUAAUAAUGUAUUGUAAUUUAGGCCCAUGCAAGAAACUGUUCCCGUGAAAUAAAUAUGUACUUAAAUUA